AUGGCUGGUGCUUUAGAGAAUGCUCGUAAAGAAAUUCAACGUCUUUCCUUAGAUGAUGCCAAAGAAUCACAAUAUGGUCAAGUUUUUUCAGUAUCAGGACCUGUUAUUGUUGCUGAAAAUAUGAUUGGUUGUGCCAUGUACGAAUUAGUCAAAGUUGGUUACGAUAAUUUAGUUGGUGAAGUUAUUAGAAUUAAUGGUGACAAAGCAACCAUCCAAGUUUAUGAAGAAACAGCCGGUGUUACUGUUGGAGAUCCAGUCUUAAGAACUGGUAAGCCAUUAUCAGUUGAAUUAGGUCCAGGUUUAGUCGAAACCAUUUAUGAUGGUAUUCAAAGACCUUUACAAACUAUUAAAGAUAUUUCCCAAUCCAUUUAUAUCCCAAGAGGUAUUGAUGCCCCAUCUUUAUCAAGAACUGUUUCUUAUGAUUUCAAACCUGCUAAUAUUAAAGUUGGUGAUCAUGUUACCGGUGGUGAUAUUUUUGGUUCAGUUUUCGAAAAUUCUUUAUUAGAUAAUCACCCAAUUUUAGUUCCUCCAAGAGCUAAAGGUACUGUUACUUCUAUUGCUGAAGCCGGUUCUUAUAAAGUUGAUGAACCUUUAUUAGAAGUUGAAUUCGAUGGUAAGAAAUUCUCUUAUUCUAUGAUGCAUACCUGGCCUGUUAGAGCUCCAAGACCAGUUGCUGAAAAAUUAGCUGCUGAUUAUCCAUUAUUAACUGGUCAAAGAGUUUUAGAUUCUUUAUUCCCAUGUGUUCAAGGUGGUACUACUUGUAUUCCAGGAGCUUUUGGUUGUGGUAAAACUGUUAUUUCUCAAUCAUUAUCUAAAUUCUCCAAUUCUGAUGUUAUCGUUUAUGUUGGUUGUGGUGAACGUGGUAAUGAAAUGGCGGAAGUUUUAAUGGAAUUCCCAGAAUUAUAUACUGAAGUUAAUGGUAGAAAAGAACCUAUCAUGAAACGUACUUCAUUAGUUGCUAAUACUUCUAAUAUGCCAGUCGCUGCUAGAGAAGCUUCUAUUUAUACUGGUAUUACUUUAGCUGAAUAUUUCAGAGAUCAAGGUAAGAAUGUUUCUAUGAUUGCUGAUUCUUCUUCACGUUGGGCCGAAGCUUUAAGAGAAAUUUCUGGUAGAUUAGGUGAAAUGCCUGCUGAUCAAGGUUUCCCAGCUUAUUUAGGUUCUAAAUUAGCUUCUUUCUAUGAAAGAGCUGGUAAAGCUGUUGCUUUAGGUUCUCCUGAUAGAAUCGGUUCUGUUUCUAUUGUUGCUGCUGUUUCCCCAGCUGGUGGUGAUUUCUCAGAUCCUGUUACUACUUCAACUUUAGGUAUUACUCAAGUUUUCUGGGGUUUGGAUAAAAAAUUAGCUCAAAGAAAACAUUUCCCAUCUAUUAAUACUGCUGUUUCAUAUUCUAAAUAUACCAAUGUCUUGGAUAAAUAUUAUGAUGUCAAUUAUCCUGAAUUCCCAACUUUAAGAGACAGAAUCAAAGAAAUCUUAUCCAAUGCUGAAGAAUUAGAACAAGUUGUUCAAUUAGUUGGUAAAUCUGCUUUAUCAGAUUCUGAUAAAAUUACUUUAGAUGUUGCAACCUUAAUUAAAGAAGAUUUCUUACAACAAAAUGGUUAUUCAACUUAUGAUCAAUUCUGUCCAAUUUGGAAGACUUAUGAUAUGAUGAGAACUUUUAUGUCAUACCAUGAUGAAGCUCAAAAAGCUGUUGCCAAUGGUGGUCAAUGGUCAAAAUUAUCAGAAUCAACUAGUGAUAUCAAACAUGCCGUUUCUUCUGCUAAAUUCUUUGAACCUUCAAAAGGUGAAGAAGCUGCUGCUAAAGAAUAUGGUGAUUUAUUAACCAAAAUUUCUGAAAGAUUUGCUGAAGCUUCAGAAUAA